AUGGCGCUGAAGGAUGGGUGUAACCUGGGGCAACGGCCUAAUGGCCGAAGCAUCGAGAGGACGCCAGGGCGGAGACCGAUGGAGCCCCACGAGCAACAGCAGAGCGAGGCGCUGCCACCCAGGGGGACCGCCGGGACAAGCCCCGCCCCCGGGCCAGGGCGCGCCCCCGGGCCAGCCUCUGCCCAGCGCGCGGCAGGGCGCAUGCGCCAGCGCUGCGGCGUCAUUGGCUCGGCCACCCCCGCUCCCGGCAGGCGGUGGCUCCCCCAGAAGGCAGCGCGGCGCUCCGAGGUCAAGAUGGCGGCCAGGGCACCGGUUGCAGGAGGUGGUCGCCUGUUAGACACCUUUCGGAAGUGGUAUUACAACGCAGCUGGAUUCAACAAACUUGGAUUAAUGAGAGAUGAUACUCUGUAUGAAGAUGAUGAUGUCAAGGAAGCACUGAGGAGACUUCCAGAGCAUCUUUACAACGAAAGAAUAUUUCGCAUAAAGCGAGCGCUCGACUUAAGCCUGAAACAUCAGAUCCUCCCAAAGGACCAGUGGGUGAAGUAUGAAGAGGAUAAGCAUUAUCUUGAGCCAUACCUAAAAGAAGUAAUCCGUGAAAGGCUCGAAAGAGAAGCAUGGAACAAGAAGUAACUGUUGAACUACUUUGUGCAGAUACCUACCUGCAUGGUUCUGUGAUCUUUAAACGUUGGGUUAUGGAAGUCUAUAGGGAAGCAAAUGUGAGGCUGAGGAGGCUUGUUCGUUGAAUCUGUUCAUCAACUACAAUAAACAUGUCAAAGU